AUGCGACGACGCAGCUCCGUGGAGGCGCCUCCGCCCCGGUUUCAGCUUCGGAAACAGAACACCGACAAUAACUCACCUUCAACUGACGGAUGGAUUACCCAACGCGGUACCACUGACGAAAUUCGCCAGCAUCUCAAGCAUCUGGGUCCAUCGAACUUGGCGAGUCGACCACGACAAACCCGCUAUAGCACAGUCAAAAUCAAGCGCAGCAACACUUCUCCGUCGCGAUCUGCGCAGACAGACUUUGAAUCCGGGCAAAGUACAUCGGAUUCCCAACCCCCUCCUCAAGCUGUCGGUUACCAGGGUGGAAUCGGCGCAGGUCUUCUCAACUCCGCUGGAACAGACGCAAAAGAUGGCGCGCAUGCGCUAAAGGUCGGCUAUGGCGCCCUUGCUUCCAAUGACAAUAUCAGCAAGAGCACAACUGCUCAGCAAUACAAAGACCUUCCCCAAGUUUCGAUCCCUGAAGCUGUUCAUGAAGAGCAUGAAGACCAACCGCGCUCUGGCUCGACGCGGAAGGCCGGCAGUGUCUCUGGCAGCAUCCACUCCACCGAUUCUCCGGCUGAGCUCUCCUACCAAAAUCCUGUACCGGCUCGCAGUGGGAGUAUCACUGAACAAAUUGUGGAUGUUAAUGGCAUCCGCAAAGUGGUACUUCACACAAAUGGUACAAGCUCCUCUGAGGGCGAAGCUCAAGGUCCUCAUCACCUCCGCAAAUCCUCUGGCCACUCUGAUGGGGUCCUUGUCGGCAAUGACUACAAAAAACCCGACCAUUCCGACUCUAACCCCUCAAACUCGAAGAAACGUCGCCGCCGCAAGAAGCGCGGCCAGCAAUCAAAAUCCACCGACGAUGGUCCCUCUGAAGACCAGCCUCUCCUACAAUGA